AUGCCCGCCCGCCUACCCACCCCCGCCGACUUCCCCCCCAACAUAACCCUCACCAUAACCCCGCCACCCCCCUCCCACCCCCCAACCAACAUCCUCCUCCUCCUCCACGGCCUGGGCGACACCCACCUCCCCUUCCACACGCUCGGCACCCAGCUCGCGCUCCCCGACACCGCGUGCAUCGCGAUCCGCGGCCCGACACCUUUACCCUUCGACCUGGGGGGGUACCACUGGGCCGACGACCUGUCGUUCACGGGGACGGGGGAGAUGGAGGCAGACAGCGGGUUUGCGGGCGCGGGGCGCGUGCUGGCGGGUGUGAUGGCGGGGUUGGAGGGGUGCGGGUACACGGCGCGCGAUGUUGUGGUGUUUGGGUUCGGGCAGGGCGGGAUGGUGGGGUUAGGUUUUGCUGCGGGGCUUGAGGGGGCGGAGGAGAUGGGCGGGGUGGUGAGUGUUGGGGGGAGGUUGGCGGCGGGGGUGGAACUUAAGAGUGGGAAGGGGAGGACGCCGGUGCUUGUUUGUCGGGCAGCCAGGGGCUCGGAGGUUACGGAUGGCGCGGUGAGGAAGCUGAGGGAUGCGUUUGAGUUUGUGGAGGUUAAAGAGUGGAGGAGGAAUGGGGAUGGGAUGCCGAGUAGCAGGGAGGAGAUGCUGCCGAUUAUGCAGUUUUUUGCGCGCAGGUUGAGGAGUGCGAGGGGGGUGCCUGAGGGGAGUGUGGAGAUUCGGUGAGGGGGGUGUCGAGGUCACGAUUGUUAGGAGGGUAUUGGGGAGCACGACUUGCCAUGUCUGAGGAGGAACAGGCACAACAGCCUUUAAGUCGUCACCAGGCUGGGUUUGUCACGAUACGAAGAGCAGGAACAUACCUCCUGGAUAAGCAGCAACAGCCUCUCACGGUCAUAGGAAGCUCACACAGAGCUCGAAAAAUAUCAAUUAUACCCAUAGA